GUGGGGGCCUUACGGGUCCUUCCUGCUCUGAGCCUCUGCUAUCCGCCUGACAAACCGAUUGAAACAGACUUGAAAUAAUCCGAAAAUAAAUCAAAGCCCCGUAAAACCGACCGGGUCGUGGAGUAAUGAUGGGCGGAAGGACGAGUGCGAUAGCUGCGGGGGUGUGCGGGGCUCUGUUAGUUGGUUACUGCAUCUAUUUUGAUAGAAAAAGACGGAGUGACCCCAACUUCAAGAACAGGCUGCGGGAACGGAGAAGAAAGCAGAAGGUAGCCAAGGAGAGGGCAGGCCUGGCAAAGCUUCCGGACCUGAAGGAUGCAGAGGCGGUGCAGAAGUUCUUCCUGGAGGAGAUCCAGCUCGGGGAGGAGCUGCUGGCUCAGGGAGACUAUGAGAAAGGUGUGGACCACCUGACCAACGCCAUCGCUGUGUGUGGUCAACCUCAGCAGCUGCUGCAGGUGCUGCAACAGACGCUGCCUCCACCCGUCUUCCAGAUGCUGCUCACCAAGCUGCCCAGCAUCAGCCAGCGCAUCGUCAGUGCACAGAGUCUGAGUGAGGAUGAUAUAGAAUAAGGUCUGGAUGGAACGAAGCCCAUCUAACUCAUCCUCCUCCUCAUGUGGACCCUCCUUCCAUCAUGACCUUCCGACGCCUCAGCCCCCCCCCUGCUUGGGCUGAUGUCCAUCACCUCCUAUCAAGGCGUACUAAAGGGAUACAGUUUUUUAUCGCAAGGUUAUCCAUGUCUGUAUUUUUUUAAUUUUUUUUUUUUAUAUUACCCAUUUUGGGGUAUUGGUAUGAAUUAAAUUACAACCGAGUGUCCCUGUUUCUCCCUCAGUAGGUGAUAAUGAACCUGAUGGGGUUUAGUUGAAUAUGGGCUUCUUCUGUCAGAGGGGGGAGCAGCAUCAUGUUCCAGGUUUACAGCGUCUGACAUGUUGGAACCAGCCAUCACCACAUCAGUAGCAGCGGGUUGCAGAAACAGACGUCUGUCUGCUUGGAUACUUUCUGGCUAUUUAUUUUUCAGUUGUUGUUCUUUUCUGUCUAGACUCAAACACUUUUUAAAAAGUGACUAAAUGAUUAAGUUUAAAGAGAAGACCCUCUUUUGGAAAAAUAAAAAAAAGUGAAAAGUGA